AUGAACGACUCAAGCAAUGAUGCCGAUUCCAGUAUCGCAUAUAAAUCACCUGUUCUUUGGUUAUGGCUUCUCCUUGUCUUCAUCGGAUUUUCUGUCCUUUGUUCAGUUUUCCUUCUUAUUCAUUUUCUUGCCAUCCGAUCUCUUCGUCAAGCGAUCAACAACCACAUUGUUAUCGUUGUUCUCAUUCUUAGUCUCAUCUAUACUUUAUUCGAUGCUGGAAGUUCCAUCACAUAUUAUCGUUUGAAUCGUGUUGUUUGGCCUCAAUCACCUGUGUUUUGUUACAUUUGGUUAUUUAUUGAUAUUGGAAUCUACAACACAAUCACAGUUCUGUUAGCUUGGGGUUCAUUCGAAAGACAUAUUCUUGUAUUUCAUCAUCAAUUAACCAAUACUCAAUGGAAGAAAAUCUUCGUUCAUUAUGUUCCAUUGUAUUUUCUUCUCAGCUACAUGACUUUGUUUUAUGUUAUAGUUGUAUUUAUCUAUCCAUGUGAGAACUAUUGGGAUUAUUCAUGGGCUGUUUGUGGAGUCUCUGGGUGUUAUCAUGAGAAUACAAUUUUAGCUUAUUGGGAACUUUAUUUUCAUGGAAUUAUUCCAAUGAUGUUGAUCGCAUUGUUCAAUGUGACAUUAUUAAUUCGUGUGAUAUGUCACAAACGAACAGUUCAGCAGCGAAUUGCAUGGAAAAAGUAUCGAAAGAUGGCCAUUCAACUACUAAGCAUAUCUGCAUUGUAUCUGUCUGUCAAUUUCCCACUAUUUCUCAUUGCGAUGUUAAAUUUAGUAGGAUUAUUUUUGAAUAAUCCAGCGACAGGCGUUCUCUCAUUUCUCACGUAUCAUGUGAUCAUGUUUUUGCCAUUUGUAAGUUUGGGAUCAUUACCAGAUGUGUGGACAAAGAUGAAAAAUCUUUGUCAUCGGAAGGUAAUAAUUCCAAUUUAA